AUGCCCCGGCGUCAGCCGAAGAUGCAUCGACUGCGGAAGUAUAGCUCUAUGGAAUGGGUUUACACAUCGGCCAAUGAUUCGGAUACAGGCGACGAUGUUCAACGUAUGAUAUUAAAGGAAGGAGACGAUGUGGCAAUUUUCCCGGAUGAUAAAAGGGCGAUUCCAACUGAAGAUGGAAGUCUUCCUGCCAUGGGGUAUUGGUACGGGAAGGUGAAUGAUAUCUAUGUAGCACGGAACAGUCAAGAUGCGUGGAUUAACAUACAAUGGUAUUACAGACGAGUUGACCUUAAGGAUGAGUGUGUCGACAUUGCCGAGUUUGUGGGAGACUACGAGCUUGUGCGCAGUGACCACAAGUCUUUGGUAGAUAUGCAUUGCAUUGAAGACCAUGCUACCAUCCAGAUAUAUGACGAGGCCGACCUCACCCAAUGUCAGAUACCGCCCGCUACACUGUAUUGUCGCUGGGACAUCAGCAUUGAAAUCAAGGCCGGCAAGCUACAGAAAGCGCAUCUUACCUCUGUGAAAAAGCAGUGCUAUGCUGAGCUUGCUUCAUUAUUCGUUCGCCCUUGA